AAAAGGCCUUCAAAUCAAGGAAGCGAGAAGAGAAACACAGGCAAAAAAGACAUUAAUAUCACCUCUCUUCAGCUAAAAAGAAUUAAAGGUUACCAAAGGAUAGUUGCUGGUUUGAUCUUCAUCGGCUUACCCUGCAUUGAGCUUUAUAGGAGGUUCUACAUGAAUGGCGAACGAAAAAUGCAGCAAGGUGAGUUUAAUCCCAGGGAUGGUACGAUUCGAAAAUACACGGAGGAAGAAAAGAUAAAGAAUUUCAACAACAGUUGGCUGACCAAGAUAUUUGGCGAGAAAUAA